UCAGUAAUCUGGUGUACGCGGUGGAGACCCAGCGACCACCCCAAUACAAAAUUAAGCUAGAGGCCACAGAGGCAGGCUGCCCUUGGAAGCCAAAAGAGGCGCCCCUGACACGUUAUUUCCGCUCCCGCGGGGUGCACCAGACACCGGAAGUAUAAGUCACUGCAGGGGUCACCAGGGAAUAUGGUCUUGGAAGAAAAGGCGUUGAGAGCGAGGGUCACGGCAGAAUGAGAAGCUUCACUUGGAUGACGAACGCGAUUUUAAGAGAAAUCCGGGGAUACGCAGCGGCGACUUUCCUGCAGACGUAGCCACGUUACCCAGCGCCUGGUCACUGCUGUUGGCCUGGGUCCGUUACCCAGAGACGGCGCCGAGCAUCCUGGGAGAUGCGGCACAAGGGUGGAGCAUCCUGGGAGGUGUGGCCCUGUGCUGAGCAUCCUGGGAGGUGUAGUCCCGGUGCCUUGUUGUACGCGAUCUCCAACUGGUGGCUGGAGCGACCCCUUGCUUGUUCUUUGGUGGCGCUGGUGAGUGGAGCUUCAAGUCGGGAACCUUGCUACAGUCAUGCUGUUUUCUGCUGGGAAAGGAAGGAUCUGUGGCAAGAGCCCAGGUCGGUACGAGUGGGCGGGAGUGGAGUGCGGUGGAGACGCACCGGGGCGUCACUGGGCAUGAGAUUCAUUCCCGAUGCCUUUAAGAAAGAAGAGGCGCUGCCCUAUUGGAGCUUGAGGACUUCUGGUUCCUUUCCUGAGCUUUUUCUUGUUCUUCUGCUUCCUGUGGGCCCUGAAUGCCCAGGGUGGACUGCCUGCUGGGGAAGGGAGGCUUCCUGGGUUGUCAGCUGCCCAGCUGCAGGCACACAUGGCGUUCAGGGAUGUGGCUGUGGACUUCUCCCAGGAGGAGUGGAGCCUGCUGAGUCCUGCCCAGCGGAGGCUGUACAGGGAGGUGAUGCUGGAGACCUACAGCCACCUGGUGUCUCUGGGAAUUCCAUUUUCUAAACCAAAACUCAUCACACAGCUGGAGCAGGGUCAAGAGAUGUGGCAAGAGAAGAGAAAAUGUCCACCAGCCAUCUGUCCAGCAGAAGCAAAGCCGGAACUUCAGCUGGGUCCUUUUGGUGGUCCGGAUUUCUCGGCUCAGAGAUUCCCAGUGCAGCAUGUGCUGUGCGGCCAGCCUCCCUGGCUGCUGACCUGCUUGUGCGCAGGAAGUGCUGUCCUGCCAGGGGCUCUGGGCCCGGAGGAUCCGGAGGAGCAGAAGAAGCAGCUGCCAGCCUUGGAGGGGCGCACCUGGAGUGCAGAGGCCAAGGGUAGCAACAACGAGGGCCCCAGGCCUGCCUUUGGGAAGAUGCAGAGGAUGACUCUGGGCAUGUUCUCCAGGCCUCUGCAGGGCCAGCUGGGCAGAGACCUCUGCGGGGCGGAGGUAGAGGUGGAGGCUGGCACCGCUUUGCCAGGGCCACCUGAGCACGCAGACAAGUUGCUGACUGGCAUCGAGGUCUUAGGGUUUGGGACAGUCAGCUGCAGUGAGUGCGGGCUGGGCUUCAGCAAGAUGAGCAACUUGCUGAGCCAUCAGCGUGUGCACGCAGGCGCCAAACCAUACGUGUGCGGGACGUGUGGGAAGGGCUUCAGCCUGCGAAAGAGCCUGGCACGGCACCAGAAGGCGCACUCAGGAGAGAAGCCCAUCGUGUGCAGCGAGUGUGGCCGGGGCUUCAACCGCAAGUCCACGCUGGUCAUCCACGCACGCACGCACUCUGGGGAGAAGCCAUAUGCGUGCGGGGAGUGCGGGCGCGGCUUCAGCCAGAAGUCCAACCUCAUCAUCCACCAACGCACGCACUCGGGCGAGAAGCCCUACGUGUGCCGCGAGUGCGGCAAGGGCUUCAGCCAGAAGUCGGCUGUGGUGCGGCACCAGCGCACGCACCUUGAGGAGAAGACCAUCGUGUGUGGCGACUGUGGCCUGGGCUUCAGCGACCGGUCCAACCUCGUCUCGCACCAGCGGACGCACUCGGGCGAGAAGCCGUACGCGUGCGCAGAGUGUGGCCGCUGUUUCCGGCAGAGGACCACGCUGGUCAACCACCAGCGCACGCACUCCAAGGAGAAGCCGUACGUGUGCGGGGUGUGUGGGCACGGCUUCAGCCAGAAUUCCACGCUCAUCUCGCACCGCAGGACGCACACGGGCGAAAAGCCCUACGUGUGCUCUGUGUGCGGUCGCGGCUUUAGCCUCAAGUCACACCUCAGCAGGCACCGCAGCACGCACUCCGGGGAGAAGCCCGUCGUGUGCGGGGAGUGCGGGCGUGGCUUCAGCCAGCAGUCCAACCUCGUGCGGCACCAGCGCACGCACUCUGGGGAGAAGCCCCUGGCCUGCGAGGAGUGCGGCCGUGGCUUCCGCCAGAAGUCCAACCUGGCGGCACACCGCAGGACGCACUCGGGGGAGAAGCCCUACGUGUGCCGCGAGUGCGGCCGCGGCUUCAGCCAUCAGGCCGGGCUUGUCCGGCACCGGCGGAAGCACCUGAAGGAGCAGCCGUACUCGUGCCGGCUGUGCGGGCUGGGCUUCGGCAGUAAGGCUGCCCUCAUCGUGCACAGGAGGGCGCACACGGAAGGGGAGGCGCGCAUGCGCAGUGAGCGCAGCCAGGGUCCCCUCCGAAAGCCACGCCUGGCUCCACACCCGCGGGCGCACAAGGGGUCGCAGCCCUGUGUGUGCCCAGCCUGCGGGCGCGGCUUCAGGCGACGAUCUCAGCUCAGUCGGCACCGGAUGACGGGGUGUGGCCUCCGCAGGCCCCUGGCGCAGGCCGGCACUGAGGCCACUGGGCUUCGCUUUGAAAAGGAAGGUGGCGCGGGGCACCGCUAGUCAGUGUCUUUCCUGCCAUGGCAGGGAGUGGGAACGACUGUUCUGUAAGUGGUUGGACACUGACUUGAUUUCUUUCUUCCAGUUUUUCCCAUGUUCUGUGGCCUUCUGUGCUAAUAAAGCACUUCUUUCCAGA